AUAUCUGAGCUAUAAAUUGUGUUUUGUUUUAAGUAUCUGUUACGUGUGUUUAUUAAACAAAUUAAAAUGAUAACAAUAAAGCUGUGCAUCUUAAACGUAUUAGUCACGCUUAUCGGAGUAAAUCAAGCUAACGUAAGUGUGCGUUGAUCCUCAAGCAGUGACACGAAACGCAAAACAAGUUUUAUUUCAGAACGAUUUGAGUGUUUUACAUCUAAAAACUUUUAAUUAAAUAGCACCAUAAGCUGUUUAAAGACACGUUCACAUUAAAGGUGACGCCCACGUCCAUGUGACAGGCAAGUUUCCUGCAGCACGCGAGCUGCGUUUGUACUGGACGUCUGGCUGUUGAGCGCAAACGGGAGACGAUGAUGAUGAUGAUGAUGCUGGCUGAGGAAGGUAGAACGGAUUCAGAUCUUCACAGUGUGACAGACCAGAUUGAGUGCUUGUGCUUUUGGGUGUGACUGUCUUUUGUCCGCCACCUGCUUUCUCUCAUCCAUAUAAAUAUGCUGGAAUAUCUUCUGUAUGGAAUUGCAUCGUUCUGGAAUGAUAUUCAGUUGUAAAGUUACGCUUGCAGGUGCUCAUAUCGAGUUGUUUCGCACUAGUUGACUACUGGAGGAUACCCACGUGUGAUUAUUGGUGCUCAUCUAAGGAAAAGAGCUCGCUUCAGAUGCACGCACUGUUUGAUGGGGAUUGGAAAGGGCUGGGAAUCGAUCUGUCUCCCGUGUCGUUGCCCCGCGCCGUGAGGAUGUUCAGCUGUGUCGGGUGUUUUUGGGUGCUCCUGUCCUCCGCCCUGGUAGCGAUCUGCAGCUUCAGCUUUAUUUCACCUGCGUGGAUUGUGAAGGAGCACCUGAAAAACAAGGACUCGGUGAGUUUCGGGCUGCUCUGGCACUGCUCGGAGUCUCUGGAUCAUAUGUACAGAUGUUACACCUUUGGCGGGCUCGGCAAAUUUCAAGAAAUUCCUUCAAGCUCUUGGCAGACAAGCGCUGUGUUGUGUUCGGGUGGAUGUGCUCUGCUAGCCGUCAGCUCGCUUCUGGCCAUCAUCACCAUCUUCCUGCCCGGUGGAGCCUGUGAGCGGAGAAUCUGCACGCUGGCUGGAUACAUGCAGAUGGCUUCAGUGUUCAUUAUGGGAACCGGUCUGGUGGUUUACCCCUUUGGUUUCAACUCCAACCUGGUCAAGUCUUUCUGCGGCGACUCCGACAUCUACAACGCCGGGGAGUGCCAGAUAGGAUGGGGUUACAUGCUUGCAAUCGUUGGUGUCAUGCUCACUCUCUUCCUGCCAUUUUUCGCCAAGUACGCCCCAAAAGAGCAGCUGUCACCCACUCCCUUGCCCACCCUUUUAUAGAGCGUUGAAGACCACCGCCUACAAUAAACACCCUGCUUGCCAUCCCAACUAAAAAGUGAAAGUUUUGAUGAUCGUCGGACUGCAAAGUCUCAACGUCAUUUUCUAUGGUUGGUAACAACGAUGUCAUGAUGAUGAUGUGCUGGACGGAUGAAAGCAGAAGUAAACCCCUAACUCUGUAUUAACAUUGUUUGUGUCCUGUUUUUUUCCUUAUUGGAGAAAGUUUUUCAUCUCCAAAGAGGAUUAUUUGGAUUUUGGUAUUUCUUGAUGGAAGACUUUUAAGCACUAAAGACUGAAAAUCUCAAUGGACCCUAAUGCAAAUCGAAUGAAAAUAGAAAUGGAAACAUUCCCAGUAAUGCACUUCCCAGGACAUUUUGGCAUGUAGUAAAAAGACAUCAGAAUCUGGAAGUAUCUAAAAACAUGGAUCAAGAUGCCAAAAAUGGAUCCAUCUUUUGUAAGAAGAAUUACAUUUACAGAAGCUCCUGAGUAACUCAAUAAUUCUGCUAGUUGGAAAGUUUUGCUUUGUACUAUUUUUUAUUUAGGUCAUAUCAGGCACCUGUUCAACACUGGAGGACCAACACUGUGGCAUAACUUUUUCUGUGUAAAAGUGUGAAUUUGUACUGCUUUCCCUUGUGAAAACCCUGCGAGAGCCCUCUCAAUGAACUGGGACGCUUCAAGCCUUGACUGCUAACAUAAGCAUGAGUCCUUUCCACAACAUUUUUGAAGUGAGAAACCCAAUAACUAAAACACAGUUAAACAAUGUCAUUUUCCAAACGUUUGCGUAAAUGGAAAAUGCGAAGCCUCUGUAUGCUUUCGUUACUGUAACACCUACUAUUGCUGAAUUAUUCAGGAUUAAACAACAUCAGGAGGAAGGCAGAGACUUGUAUUAACAGCUAAUCUUUCUUAAAGUUGGGUUUAGUUAAUACUGACUAAAUUCUGACCAACUUGUGCCUUUUGACCAUUGUUAGGAGUCGAGUACCAUCAGGUUACGUACUUGUACUAAAACAUUUUGUAAAUUCUUGUUAUAUUAUCGUUGUGUGAUUGUGUGCGUCUGCAUUGAUAAUGGUGAUUAUGAGCUGAAAGACUGGCAAUGGUGCUCCAUGCCAAGCUGACAUUCGGUUGUGUUUUAAAUCAUGAAAGCAAAAUCUGCAAUUACAAACUUAUUUGUCAUGUGUAAAUUUGUUGUAAUGUUCAAAUCAAGCUAAUGUGCUAAUGCAUUACCGCCAGACACAGCAAUACGGUGAAGCUAAAGCUUCUGUUUGGAUCAUUCCAGUCUGCACUUGGCUCACUUUUACUGUUGUGUCGAUGCAUUUGUUUAUAGACGAGAUCAAAUUGGCAUUCCCAUUGCCCUCUCUCAUUUAAAAUUUUUCUUGAUUUUUGUUAAAUGUAGCGUAUUACACCCUUGCUGGUAGCUGAAAGAAAAAAUCAGAUCACCCUAAUACAUUUGAUUCUUUGUAGGCCAAACAUACUUGGUAAGCAGAGCACAAAAUUUCGAUCCAAAUUCAUCCAAAAACAAAACUAGACAACUAACCUUCAUGACAAUAAUGCAAAAUGUUAUAUUUAAAUGGCAAUACAUUUUAUCUUCCUAAAAUGUUGAAACUCCAAAAGCACAUCCAUCAUGAAAGUAAUCUACAUUGUGCAAAAGUGUGCACAAAUCAAAUUUAGCCAACAUCUCAUUGGUUUUUGUCUUAUGACUAGUCAUAUUUCAUUAUAAGGCAGCAGGAAAGAACAGAGGUUUAAAGUCAUAUUUGAUUUAGUGGUGGUGUUUUUUGCAAAUAAAUUCAAAUAUUAAUCGUCUUAUGAAGCGACAUGAUAGAUGUGUGAAAACCGCACACUGCAUUCAUUUGAAUUCAUUUUAUGAUGGAUGUGUGUACUUUUUGGGGGGUUAACAUAGUAAUAGAAGAUUAAAUGACAACUUUUUAUUAUUAAAGGAACACGCCGACUUUUUGGGACUUUAGCUUAUUCACUGUAUCCCCCAGAGUUAGAGAAGUCCAUACAUACCCUUUUCAUCUCCGUGCGUGCCGUAACUCUGUCUGACACACUCACCGCUAGCC